AUGUCAUCAAUAAAUUUAGAUUCAACUACUAUAUUAGAUUAUAUCACUAAAUGGUAUAUAUCUAUACCUAUACUUUUUAUAAUUUAUAAAAUAUUUGAUUCAAUUUAUGAAAGAUAUUUGAUUAAUAAAUUAGGGGCAAAACCUGAAUUAAAUGCAGAAACUGAUGGAUAUUAUGGGUUUAGAUUACCAUUUACAAUGAUUCAAAAAAAGAAAGAUGGAUUAUUAACUGAUUUUGCAAGUGAAAGAUAUCCAAAUUUAAAACAUCCAGAAGCUCCAACUUUUUCAUUUAAAAUAUUUUCAACAAAAUUAUUUGCAACAAAAGAUCCAGAAAAUAUUAAAGCAAUAUUAGCAACUCAAUUUAAUGAUUUUAGUUUAGGUUUAAGACAUCCACAAUUUUUACCUUUAUUAGGUAAUGGAAUAUUUACAUUAGAUAAAGAAGGUUGGAAAGAUUCAAGACAAAUGUUAAGACCACAAUUUGCAAGAGAACAAAUAUCUCAUGUUAAAAUGUUGGAACCUCAUAUGCAAGUCUUAUUUAAACAUGUACGUAAAAAUGAAGGUAAAUAUUUUGAAUUACAAGAAUUAUUUUUUAGAUUAACUGUUGAUUCAGCAACUGAAUUUUUAUUUGGAGAAUCUGUUGAAUCAUUAAGAGAUGAAUCUAUUGGUAUGCAAAUCAAUGAUUUUGCUGGUAAAAAGGAAUUUGCAAAUUCUUUUAAUGUUGCACAAGAUUAUUUAGCUUCAAGAGCUGUUUUACAAAAAUUUUAUUGGUUAUUAAAUCCAAAAAAAUUUCAAAAUUGUGUUAAAGUUGUUCAUACAUUUGCUCAACAUUAUGUUAAAAAGGCUUUAAGUUUAAGUCCUGAAGAAUUGGAUCAACAAGAAGGUUAUACUUUUUUAUAUGAAUUAGCUAAACAAACAAGAGAUCCAAAAGUUUUACAAGAUCAAUUAUUAAAUAUUUUAGUUGCUGGUAGAGAUACAACAGCUGGUUUGUUGUCAUUUGUAUUUUUUGAAUUAUCAAGAAAUCCAAAAGUUUUAUCAAAAUUAAAAGAAGAAAUUUAUACAAGAUUUGGUUCUGGAAAAGAUGCAUUAAUUGAAGAAAUUACUUUUGAAAGUUUAAAAAAUUGUGAAUAUUUAAAAGCUGUUUUAAAUGAAUGUUUAAGAUUAUAUCCAUCAGUUCCUCAAAAUUUUAGAUUAGCUAUUAGAGAUACUACAUUACCUCGUGGAGGUGGUCCAGAUGGUUUAUCACCGGUUUUAAUUCGUAAAAAUACUACAGUUACUUAUUCAGUUUAUGCAACUCAUAGAUCAGAAGAAUAUUAUGGUAAAGAUGCAAAUGAAUUUAGACCAGAAAGAUGGUUUGAACCAGAAACUAGAAAAUUAGGUUGGGCAUUUGUUCCUUUCAAUGGAGGACCAAGAAUUUGUUUAGGUCAACAAUUUGCUUUAACUGAAGCAAGUUAUGUUACAACAAGAUUAAUUCAAGAAUUUCCAAAUUUAUCUUUAGAACCAAAUACUGAAUAUCCACCAAAAAAAUUAUCUCAUUUAACUAUGAGUUUAUAUGAUGGUUUACAUGUUCAAAUGUCAUGA